AUGAAGCAACCGCGGUUUCCACUACCACGAGGCCGCUGGUGCAGCAACUUCCACCUCCAAAACCACUGGGUCCCUCGCGGCCAAGUUCGCUGCUUCAACCUCCACCCCAAAGAUGCACCACCUGAGUGGGAUCCCUGGGCCGUUAAGAAAACGUUGCAGCUCAGCAGCGUCCAUGUCAUGCAACUUCGGAAAUCCACUCAUGGGAGACCCGCUCUCCACAUCCAAGACAUCCUUGCCAGUGCAAGUUCUGUGAAACUUCAGAACAGUAUUGAAGUUGGCAGAAGAGUGUGGAUGUGA